GUGCGUGGGGAUUCCCGCGGCCCGGGCCGCUACCCGGCCUGCCCCGCGGCAAGAUGGCGGUCUGAAGGCGGCUGGCGGCGGCGGAAAGCUUAGAUCAGGCUUUCCACAGCUCCUAUAGCAGCAUCUGCCCCAAUUUCAGCUGAAGACUCAGGGGCCCCGGGGACUGGAAGAAAUCACAGUGCCUACUUGGAAAGAAGAAGAGGUAGCGACUUGCCCCAGCCCACCCCAGAGCGGGAGCUGUUGGCUAGAGGAAGUGGAGGGGCCGUGGGAUGCAGAGAGCCGAGGGCUAACUCCCGGACAGCGGAACGGAGAGAGCUGCCGACAAACAGACGGUGGAGGAGCCCUCACCUCCCAGAAUGACAAGUGCAGCCCCUGCUAAGAAACCCUACCGUAAGGCACCACCGGAACAUCGGGAGCUGAGGCUGGAAAUUUCUGGAUCCCGGCUUGAGCAGGAGGAGCCCCUGACUGACACGGAAAGGAUGAAGCUCUUGCAGCAGGAGAAUGAAGAGCUUCGCCGGCGCCUGGCCUCCGCCACCAGACGCACUGAGGCCCUGGAGCGUGAGCUGGAAAUCGGGCAGGACUGCCUGGAGCUGGAGCUGGGCCAGAGCCGCGAGGAGCUGGACAAGUUUAAGGACAAGUUCCGCAGGCUGCAGAACAGCUACACGGCUUCCCAGAGGACCAACCAGGAACUGGAAGACAAGCUGCACACACUGAUCAAGAAGGCCGAGAUGGAUAGGAAGACACUGGACUGGGAGAUCGUGGAGCUGACCAACAAGCUGCUGGAUGCCAAGAACACCAUCAACAAGCUGGAGGAGCUCAAUGAGCGGUACCGACUGGACUGCAACCUGGCUGUGCAGCUCCUUAAGUGCAACAAGUCCCACUUCCGUAACCACAAGUUCGCUGAUCUGCCCUGUGAGCUACAGGACAUGGUUCGGAAACAUCUGCACAAUGGUCAAGAGGCUGCCAGCCCAGGCCCUGCUCCCAGCUUGGCCCCAGGGUCUGUGGUGCCUACCUCAGUCAUUGCCCGGGUGUUGGAGAAGCCAGAGUCUCUAUUGCUCAAUUCAGCACAGUCGGGCAGUGCUGGGCGCCCCUUGGCUGAGGAUGUCUUUGUGCACGUGGACAUGAGUGGGGGUGCCUCAGGUGAUCCAGCCAGUCCCCCGGUCCCUGGCAGCCCCACCCCCCAACCCAAUGGGGAGUGCCACUCUCUGGGUACUGCAGGGGGCUCCCCAGAGGAGGAGCUGCCCCUGCCGGCCUUUGAGAAGCUAAGCCCCUACCCCACCCCAUCUCCACCGCACCCACUGUAUCCUGGCCGCAGGGUAAUAGAGUUCUCUGAGGAUAAGGUUCGGAUCCCCCGCAAUAGUCCCCUGCCCAACUGCACUUACGCUACCCGCCAGGCCAUUUCGCUGAGCCUGGUGGAGGAGGGGAGUGAGCGGGCCCGCCCCAGCCCAGGGCCCAGUGGCCCUGCCUCAGCCCAGACCUCACCCCACCACCAGCCCAGCCCAGCCCCUCCAACGCUCAGUGCCCCCGCCAGCUCCGCCAGCUCUGAAGAGGACCUGCUGGCCAGCUGGCAGCGAGCAUUUGUGGACCGCACUCCGCCACCUGCCGCUGUGGCCCAGCGCACAGCCUUUGGAUGUGAUGCACUCCCGGAGCUGCAGCGCCACUUUGCUCUUAGCCCCACUGACAGAGAUGAGGUGGUUCGGGCACCUUCUUCCGCAGCGGAUGAGAGUGGGCUUUUGCUACCAACAGAACCUGACUCUGGCUUUCCCAGGGAGGAGGAGGAGGAGGAAGAGCUGAACCUGCCCGUCAGCCCUGAGGAAGAGCGCCAGAGCCUGCUACCCAGUGAUAGUGGCCCAGAAGAGGGGCCUAGCACUUCCCACGCUGAGGGAAGGGCCUGGCCACUCCCCAGCUCCAGCCGCCCCCAGCGCAGCCCCAAGAGAAUGGGGGUACACCACCUGCACCGCAAGGACAGCCUGACCCAGGCCCAGGAGCAGGGCAACCUGCUCAACUAGGGCCCCUGCUUGCCUUCCUGCCACUGCUGCACUGGGACUGCAAGGAGGCCCCACACCCUUGCAGCUCAGGGUCCCAGCCCUAGGACUCUUCUCUCUCCAGACUUGCACAGCCCUGUCCCUGUGUGGAUUGGGUGAGGUGAUGGGCCACGCCAGGCCUUUCAGCUGCGUUGACUGUGACUGGCAACAGUUUGCCUCAUGGUUUUUCCCUUUCUUGGAAUAUUUAUUCUCCAAAGGUAACAUGCAGUUGGGUCUCAGGCCCUUUCCUCCAAUCAGCCUUGCCCAGAUUGGGCUGUUCUGGGGAGCUGAGGGGUUUAUCAGUGUUCAUCUUCCAUCCUCCUUUCAUAGUCAUGAGUUUUGUUUAUUUUGCCGGGGGUGGGGGGGUGGUCAUUGGGGUCAUUAACCUCUAAUUCCUGUUUUCUGCCUGUUUCCCUCUCUCCCAACAUCCUCUCCCUGAGCUGUUGCCCACAGGGGUGUGGUGCAGCUGGCCCUUGGGGAUGAGGGAGAGGACUGACUCAGGGCUCCCUUCAGCUGUUUCCUCCCUCCCUCUGGAAGGGAGGGUGGGGUUUAGGGGCCUCAAGCUGGGCUCUAGGUGAGGCCUGGCUCCCCUCCCAACCUUGGCUCUAGACUGUUACUCCCAGCUUUGGGAAAUUUUCACAUUGAUGACUAUUUUAAAAUUAAAUAAAACUAUUUUACUGGUA